CUAGCACGCGGAGGGGGUAGGUGUUCUGUGGUAGGGCCUCUCCUUGGUUUCCUUCCUCCGUGACUUCAGAGGUGGCAGGGCAUUGGCAGGGAUCGCGCGGAAUCGAACGUCGAAUUCCUCCGUGGUCGAAUACCUCCCGAAAGGUGCAAUGUAUACAAAGCUCAACCUGACAAAUUGUACGGCGUCGAGCGGCUCGAGCUCUGACGGCAGUUCGACGCGAACGACGACGGCGGACGAACCGGAGGCAUAUUUUGCUUGGAUUGAAUACGUGCAGUCUGUAGCAGAAUUAGCAGAUAUGAAGGAAAAGGUAGGAAGCGCCGUGGACAUAACAAAGACUUGUAAGCACAAGUACAUCUUCGAGAUAGCUAAGGCUUUGAAGGAGAAGAAGCGCCUGAAAGCUGAAAUUGCCUUCUCUAAGGUAGUUGCGACAAACAACGACAACCUGGCGACACUGAGAACACAUGGUGACAUUGGCAACCUGAAGGAAGAUUUUGCUAAACAGAACAGGAAGCACUUGGUUGCUGGUGUUGUGGUCAUGAGAGAUGCCAAGCCUACCACUAGAGAGAUGCUGCGCUCAAGUCUGUUGGCGAUGGCUGAGAAUGGUAGAAUGCUAAAGUGCCUGGCUCUUGCUGAUGCGUCGGAGGUGCACAGGAAAUUUGCUAAAGGGACCAUGGUCACUGGACAGGAGCUGUCCAGGUAACGCAGGUGGCAAGUGCUAUGGACGAAGGCGGGCUUUUCUGGUAGAAACACGGCUGCUUGCGUGCAUCGCGAUGCGGCGGACGCAAGCACCAUCUGAAGGUAUUGCAAGGAACCGGGCUCCGUGGCCUCCAAGAUGUGCUAGCGGGUGCAAAUGGCAGAUGCUGUGGCUGGUCUAUGAAUGGUAGAAACGCUGCAAAAGGGAUGUGUUUGAGUUUUCAAGUAACAGAAUUAUGUUUUCUCCUAUAUUCAAAUUACAAUCUGACACUAAUGUCUGUAGGUUGUAAGUCAUACGUUACAAUUUUUCUACAUAUUUUAGCUUGAGAAAUUCAAUUAGUUCAAUAACUUCCUUGCACCACAUGGAGGGCCUGGGUAUGCAUGGCUUGAAAUUCUUUUUGCUGAAAUGUCUGAUGCUGGAUGCCGGACGCCAACGCCAGAUUUUCUGCGACACGGGACCCUUAAUGCUGUUGCAUUAAAGUCCCAGGCAUCCUCACCCAACUGCUAUGAACACACCCUAGUACAUAUGAUGUCUCUGAGAGCAGUGUAUAAUACCAUUCAAAAAGCACCAGUUGUGGCUAAGAUAGUACUUUUGAUUGAAAUGGACUCGGCUUGGUGCUUUGAAUAAAAAAGAAUGCAAAGGUGGGGACUACAUUGACAAUAUGUUUGCAACAUGGCAGGACAUGAAUAAAAAAGAAAAACGAAGACUGGUUUGUCCCUGUUAUAUUUGUGUUGUGUCUAUUCUGGAGGCUAGACUAUGCAGAAUAGUAAAGUAUCUGACCUAUCACUAACUGAAGUUGACAUUGCUCUUAGAAGCCUCCUGGG